GAUUCACUUGUUAGUUUCUCACGUUGUAGUCUAAGUGUAGUGUAAAGCGCAUCUAGCCAGUUAGCACUGUGUUGUAUUUUUUAUUAAUUAAUUAUAACGUAAAAAAUUUAUAAAAUGAAGUACGCUUUAAUAAAAAUACCCAAAGAAGAUAAAAAGGCAGUAGUUGAAACUUGUUACAUAAAAAAAUUCAGUGAUUACGGCGCUUAUACAAAAAACUGUGUAUAUCGUUACAAUGAUGGUAGAAAAAAAUGUAGAUGCUUAAUAUUACAUGUUUCAAAUUCAAAAGAGAAACUGGCCAAUCCGAAUUUUCGCGUUCGAGAGCCUGUUGUUACUAAUCCGUCAUCAUUAGAAUCAUCGUCUUCGGAUGAUGACGAAGAAGAUCAGUCGUUAGUCAAUAGGCUUAAAGCAGCAAGGAAAGAACAAAAGCAAAAUGUAAUUAAAUCUAAAAAACAAAAGGUCGAAGACAUAAUAACAACUUAUAAAAAUAAUAGGGAAAGUUCCGAAGGAAAAGUUUCUAUUGGACUUAAUUCAGAUGAUAAAAAUAAACAAAUAUUUAAUAAUGAUGACCAAAUAGAAGAACAAAGCCUAUUAGACAAUGAAGAUCCGUCUGGCAUACUCGUCAAUGAUAGUAUAGAAGAUAGACAUGCUGAGCUUGAUGGCAUCUCCCAAACCAGAAACCGAUCAAUUAUUCCCGAUUCAGACAGCGAAGAUGAUAUGUUUGGUGAACCCCAACACAAACAUAUUGAGGCAAACGUGAAAAUAAUUAACAAUAAUGAAGUUAGUUAUUCAGAGUCCAUAGCACCACCCGCAAGUAAUGAGGUUCCGAACAUUAUAUUAUCAGAUCAAGAUCAAAAUGGCAAUCGACGAGCUCUAAAAAAUAUAACGAAUUUUGAGCCUAAACAGUUGACAAUGCGAUUAAUGCAAGACAGCCGUAAAAAAGAUGAUGAAAUAAAGAAUUUAAAACGCCAGAAUCAAGAAUAUCGAGUAAAAGUAGCUUCUUAUCACCAAAACCUGCAGAGACUACAGCAGCAACAACAACAAGAACCACAACAAGAACUACAACAACAACCACAACAACAACCACAACGACAACAACAGCAGCAACCACAACAUCAGGAUCGUUAUAAUCCUUACUACUAUCUUGAACAUGACGAAUUUCAUGUUGGAGACAAUAUUUACAUUCGCAGUACAGAAUCCCGUAAGGCAUUUGACGCAACAGAUCCGCCCAAAUUCAUAAAAAUAAUGUCACACGCAAUUUGGGGUGUAAAUAACAUUUCAAAGCUCGUAGUUCGUAAACAAAAAAACACUCGAAACCGCGAAGAAUUAGAUGCUAGGAGAUUAGAAUUGCUAUCUAUACACUAUCAACAUUUUUUAAAACAGCGUAAUUAUUCUGAGGGAGUUUUUGUUUUGCAGUUACGAGCUAUGAAUAGAUAUUUAGACCGAGCAAUUCAGAGUGCUAAAAAAACAGUUCGACGAUCAUUACCUGAAGCAUAGCUUACAUAUUCUGCAUUUCACACCAAAUCUAUUGCUUUUAAGGGGUUAUAUCCACUUGCGAGGCAGAAAAAACGCGUUUUUUUGUGAAUUUUUUUCCAAGAGGCAUUUUAUUUUAUACAUUAAUGGAAAAAAUGUACUUAAACAGAAUUUAAUGUACUUUAACAAUCAGCGGUUUAUUUAAAAAAAUAUUGGAUCCCCUAGCUCCUGUAGAUGAUCUGCGGAGAGACCUCCAAAAAAAGGUACUUGGCGGUGAGCAAGAUAUCUCUGGUCCAAAUUAUCUGAAAACCAAAAACCAAAAAUAUUUAGUUUUGUAAUAAAUAAAUACAGGUAAUGAUCGAAGGUCUAGUCAAAAUUUUGAUUUUUGACAAAAUGGCGGCUGUUCAAAAAAAAAAUUCAAUUUUUCAUGAAAAUUUUUCACUUCGAAGUGGCUUAAAAAAUCGAAAUUAUUGUCCAAAACCUUAUUCCUUCGAUCAUUACCUGAAAAAUAUAUCUGAGUAAGUCGUGUAAAAAUUUCAAACCGAUCGGUUUAGCGGUUUCGGAGAAAUUUUGCUCACCGACUCUGAAAACACGGUUUUGAGAUAAACGCGUUUAAAGUUUCGGGAACGAUUUACACUAAAUUAAAAUUUUUUUUUUUCAACUUACAUCGUGUCAUCUAUUCCAGCAUCAUAAGAGGAACCCUCUGCUUUGUCGUUUGCCUCCAAAAUGUUUAAUUGUUGUUGUCUACGAGCCAUUCUCCCCUCGCGCGUCGACCCUUGCGCUAUUGCGUCCGAAAUUGAGAUGCGCUCUGCGUCGUCUUUACUCGCGUAGGAAUGAGCAUUGGGUCCAAGUGAUAAUCCCAUAGCACUCAAAUAACAUUUACUUGAAUUAAUUGAACUUUACACACUGAGAAAUACACAAACUGAGCACAAACACAACUUGUCUACGUGGAAAUAACUUUUAACUGAUGAAUUCACAUAUUUUUAACUUAAAAUUCCUCAACAUAGGUUUCAAGUAUAAACUAGACCUUUUGUAUUAUUAUUUUAGGGUCCCAAACACAAUAUAAGUCGAGAACAAAAGUAUAGCGGCUACGAGAAAUAGCUGCUACUCCGGCUCGCGCUCUGCCUACUUUCGAACGCUCGGAGACGUCCUUACUAAUACGCUCAUAUCUCCGAAACUAAUUGUCGGAUCGAUUUGAAAUUUUCAGAGAAUAUUCUUGAAUAUAUGUACAUUCAAAAAAUGACAAAAAAAAAAAUUCGAUUUUUUGAAAAUCACAAGUGGAUAUAACCCCUUAAACUCAACUCUAUUCGAUUUGGAUUAAACUUGUUCAUCCGUCUUGUACCCUAUCAAAAGUAUUAUCUUAAAUUUCCA